GGAAAAGAAUCAGUCAAGUCAACCAAACUUCUUAGUUUAGUACUAUAAAAAUAAAAUAAAAUAAAAAAGCUAAUGAAAAUUGGAAUCGGAUAUAUGUUUUAACAUUUAAUAAGCUCUAUCCAAAAUUCCAAAUCCGUUACACAAAUAAUUCGAGCUACUCGAUUACUCCGCCAAGCGUUCCCCGCAACGAAGAAAACAAACCAAAAUGGCACGUGGCACUUCCCAGUCUCAAUCGGCCUCCGGCUCCACCAGCCGCCCGGGCACGGUGGCUCCCCGUGGCUCGGCUGCAGCCACCGCCGGCAUGCGCCGCCGUCGUCUCGGCACCGGAACCGGCGGCGGCUCCUCCAACGUGAGCACCAGCGGCGGCUCCGCCGGGAACAUGUUGAGGUUCUACACGGAUGAUGCCCCUGGGCUCAAGAUCUCCCCCACCGUGGUCCUCGUUAUGAGUGUGUGUUUCAUCGGAUUCGUCACCGCCCUCCACGUGUUUGGAAAGCUAUACCGCCGAUCGGUGCCCGGAGCUUGAAUUUCCGGUGGGUUCGGGUUAUGGUGUCGGAGCUCUUCUCUUUAUUGGGCUUUUUAGUCAAUGACAAUGUCCUGUUGUUGUUUUUUGCCCUCCUUUAUAAACGGGUGAAUAGAUUAAAGAAGGCUAAUUCUGUUAAUGAAUUUUGGUUUUUCUUGAAACAGAAUUUGUUUUUCUUUUUCUCUUUUUUUUGGGCUUUUGGUACUUUUAGUACUUUCUAGAGUAAGAUGUUUCUGCUAAAAUUGGCAUCUUUUAGUACUGUUUAGACUAAUCUAUUUUAUUUGAUCAUCUGCUCUGUCCUCUAUAUGCAUGUGAGAUUAACUGAAAGUACAUCUGGUUGCUCUGUUCCGGUUUCCUCUGUUUCUUGCAUUGGUUUGUACCCUGUUUCUCUUCUGGCGUUUUUGUGUUGUUUUCUGGGGGCGUAAUUCUAUAUUUGUAUGGAUUAUUUGGAAUUUGCAGUCGAAUCAUAAUUGAUUGAGUUGUCUAUCGAGUUAGUACUAGUUUGCCCAGUUCUUUUGCUUUCAACUUUAUAAAUGUUUUAAUGUAGAGAAGUAGACAGCUUAGUUGCUGAAGUACACUUUGAUCCGGGCUGUUCCCCUUGUGUCCAAGAUCUCUAAAUCCACCAUAGAUCUGACUUUCCGUAUUUGUUUGAGACCCUUUUAUAUGAAAAGGACCAUCUUUGAUGAACUUAACUCUUUUUUGUUAGCAAAAUGCCAGCAUUUAUGGUAAAUUAUCACCUCUCACUAGAGGAAGGUUUUUUUUUUUUUUUUUUUU